AUGGAGACAGUAGAUGACUUCGAUACCAUUGACGUGGAAUUGGAUGAGUUUUUCAAACACAAACAAAGAAGUCGAUGCAAAGAUGGCUUCCUAAAUACUCUCACAGACGAAGCGCUUGACGAAUGCACCAUACCUGAGAUAAACCUAAAUGAUUUUGAAGGAAUGUCAGAAGAUGAAGCACCACAGGAGAAGCAGAGUGAUAGUGAAGGUGAUGAUGAAGACAAAUUGCAGUUUCAAUACUCAACCCAUGAUCCAAAGGUGAAAUGGAACAAUAUGAAGCCAGUUCUUGGAGAGAGGUAUGGAUCACCACACAAACUAAAGCUUUGUUUGACAAAUUACUUUAUAAGUAGGGGUUAUCCAAUUAGGUUCAAGAAAUGUGAUAGUGUAAGGCUCGUGGCUGUAUGUGCAAGUGACCCUGAGAAAUUUCAAUGUCCCUUUGUUGUAAGGGCCUCAUGGAUGAGCACUGAAAGAUCAUUCCAAAUCAAAAAAAUGGUUGAGCAACAUACCCGUGUUAGGAAUUUCCGUAGUGCUAAUCUUAUGGAUCCCACAUGGAUAGCUAGGCAGUUUCUGAAGGAGAUGAUUAGGAAACCAAAUCUGAAAUGUAAGGAAAGGCAAGCUAUUAUUCAAAGAGCUAUUAAGAAAAUGGAUGAGUUUGCUUUUGAUAUCAAGAGUUGGUAUGUUCAUCCUAGUGGUUUGAAUGCUUUUGAAGUGAGAAAUGGCUUCCACUCAUAUGGAGUGAACUUAGAGGGGAUGUACUGUACAUGCAGACUUUGGGAGUUAUCUGGGAUCCCCUGUGUCUAUGCCCAAGCAACCAUAAUUUACACACAACAGGAUCCAGCUAGAUUCAUCAGCACAUGGUUUGGUAAGGACAAGUUCUUAGCUACUUAUGAGUCUAACAUCCUUCCUGUUAAUGGCAGUAAUAUGUGGGAACCAACACCUUACACCAAACCACUACACCUAUUGAAAGAAGGAUGUCAGGAAGGCCUUGUAUGA